UGUGUGUGUGUGUUAUGCAUUUCAUACAGAUUUGAUAUUCCUAAAUAAUACUCAGCAUGGUUGAAGACGAUUAUCUCAGUGACACUGCAAACAGAAGAUUAUUGCAUUGUAAACAUUCUGUAGUCUUUGGUAAAUAUUAUAUUCAAAUGCAUUCCUUGGCAACUACAGACCUACCUGUCACUUCCCAAAUGACGCCCUAUUUGCUAUAAUGUGUACUACUUUUGACCAGAGCCGUAAGGGAGACGGGUCAAUAGUGCUUUUUAAAGGGACUAGGGCACCAUUUGAGACGUAAAGAGAUUCCUAUUGCCCCUUUCCUCUCAUGGUGUAUAAACAGUGUCAUCUGUCUUUCCUGUGCUAAUGGCCCUGCCUGGAGAGAGAUUGGUCAUUAUCGGUCGGUAACAUUGACCGGCUCCCGGAGACCGUCAGUUACGCGUGGAAGGUUUUUGGCUAAUCAUUGAUAGAUCUGCUGCUGCUAACCGGGGUCCCGGGGGAAGAGGAGGGGAAAGGUGCUGGAGUUGUCGCAUCCAGUUGCGUUUAUAGACUAGCUAGUAACCGGCUGUUUGCGCUUCAGAGAACACAACAAGUAGGGACAAUAUGCCUACUAAAGUAGCCUAGCUACUGGUUUUAUAGAUUAUAUAGGAUAUCGAUUUGUAUAAUUAAGUCUAUAAUGGUUUAUAUCACGGUAAAUGAUCUCACUCAACUUAACGCAGUCGGCGCGAUGCAACUCCCUCGUUUCAUGACGUUUGUUCUGGUCAUUUCUUGUGAGUUGUACCGGGCAGUCGCGGGUCCGGGCGCUGGGUUGAAGACGUGGGAGAGGUUUAGUAAAUUGGACUACCCCGGGGACAAAGCUUUCCUCUACGACACCUUUCCUGACAACUUCAUGUGGGCGGUUGGAACGGCAGCUUACCAAGUAGAGGGUGCGUUUGAGAAAGACGGGAAGGGCCUGUCCAUUUGGGACACUUUUACGCGCGGCGGGAACCGGAUAGCUACCGGGGACGUUGGCAGCGACAGCUACCAUAACACCCAAAGCGACGUCCGGGCGCUCAAACAGCUCGGGGUCAGUCACUACCGCUUCUCGCUCUCGUGGUCGCGGAUAUUUCCAAACGGCAGCCGCGGUAGCUACAACGAGAUCGGUACCAACUACUACCGUACGCUAAUACGGAAGCUGAAGGAGAUCAACGUGCAGCCGGUGAUCACGCUCUAUCACUGGGACUUACCUGACAACCUGCAGAGAACGUUCGGCGGGUGGAGCGACCCAGCGCUCGUGGAGCUUUUCCGUGAUUAUGCAGAUUUCUGUUUCCAAACAUUCGGUGACGAUGUGAAGUAUUGGAUCACGAUAGACAACCCGUUCCUGGUGGCGUGGAACGGGUACGGUACUGGGAAGGUGGCUCCGGGAAUCAAGAAUGACCCGGACCUGCCGUUUAGAGUGGGACACAACCUCCUCAAGGCUCAUGCUGCAGCAUGGCACCUCUACGACCGCCACUACCGGUCCCAGCAGCAGGGGAAAGUUUCAAUGGCGCUGGCCUCCCAUUGGAUCAAGCCCAGCAGGACACGGCGUGAGAGCCUGCAGGCGUGUCAGUGGUCCUUGGACUUUGUGUUGGGCUGGUUCGCCAGACCCCUCUUCAUUGAUGGAGAUUACCCCCCGAGCAUGAAGCACAACCUGUCCCACCGCCUGCCCUCGUUCACACAGGCACAGAGGGAUGAGGUGAGGGGGACCGCUGACUUCUUUGCUCUGUCCCAUGGUCCUUCUCUGAGCUACCAGCUGAUUGACGUCAGUCUCAAAUUUGGCCAGAUUGAAGUUCUGGACCUGAGGAUGCUGCUAUACUGGAUCAGAGAAGAGUACGACAACCCACCCAUCUACAUAGUAGAGAGUGGCUGGUUUGUCCAGGGAGACAUCAAGACAGAGGACUCUAAGAACAUGUAUUACCUCAAGAGGUUCAUUAUGGAGACACUGAAAUCGAUCAAGUACGAUGGGGUGAAUGUGAUUGGCUACACCCACUGGUCCCUGCUGGACGGGUUUGAAUGGCACAGAGAGUAUGAUAUACGCAGAGGCCUCUACUACGUCGACUUCAACACACACAACCUCAAGAGGAGGCCCAAGACCUCCGCCAACUUCUACAAGAAGUUGAUCCAGAAGAAUGGUUUUCCCCAGCUGGCUGAGAACAGACCAGCUCAGGGAGUUUUCCCCUGUGACUUCGCCUGGGGGGUGUCAGCCAACUCUAUACAGGUGGAGACCACCCCCACCCAGUUCGUAGAUCCCAGUGUGUACGUGUGUCCAGGUGGAGACCACCCCACCCCCGUAGAUCCCAGUGGAGACCACCCCCACCCAGUUCGUAGAUCCCAGUGUGUGUGUGUGUGUGUCCAGGUGGAGACCACCCCCACCCAGUUCGUAGAUCCCAGUGUGUGUGUGUGUGUGUGUGUCCAGGUGGAGACCACCCCCACCCAGUUCGUAGAUCCCAGUGUGUACGUGUGGAACAUCACGGGCAACGGGGAGCUGAGGAGGUUAGAGGGGUUCCAGGCCCCACCGCUCCGCAGGGCACAGCACUGUGCCGACUACGCCACCAUCCGCCAGCAGGUGGAAGAGAUUCGUCGUGUGGGAGUCAACCACUUCCACUUCUCUCUCAACUGGUCCUCCCUGGUGCCCAGCGGCAACGUGACCCAGCCCAACACUACCUUACUAGGGUACUACCGCUGCUUUACGAGCCAGCUGCACCAGGCUAACAUCACGUCCAUGGUCACCCUGUGGCACCACACACGCCAGCGCUCCAGCCUGCCAGCCCCGAUGGAGGCAGCAGGAGGCUGGUUCAACAGGGACACAGUGGUGGCGUUUGUGGACUACGCUCGGCUGUGCUACAGAGAGCUGGGUCCCCAUGUGAAGAUGUGGAUCACCUUGAACGAGCCCAACGAUGAAGAUGACGUGUCUCCGAUGGAGGGCCACCAGCUGCUGAGGGCACACGCCCUGGCGUGGCACGCCUACGACCAGGAGUACAGACACACACAGGGGGGACAGGUUUCCUUGGCUCUUCACAUGGACUGGGUGGAACCGGCGUUCUCCUUCAGCCGCGAGGACGUGGAACCAGCCAACAGGGUUCUCGACUGUCGUGUGGGCUGGUUCUCAGAACCCAUCUUUGGCGGUGGAGAUUACCCGCCUCGCAUGAGGAACUGGUUCCAUCAGAGACACUCCCUUGACCUGUUCCAUUACCACCUGCCGUUGUUCAGUGAUGAGGACAGACAGCUGGUGAGGGGGACGUACGACUUCUUCGCCAUCAGUCAUUUCAGCACUCAGCUCGUGACCCCCACCAUUGAAGAAAACAAACUGCCCUCCAGGUUGGGGGUGCAGUACAUGGGAGACAUCACCUGGAUCAGGUCCCCUCGGCCCAAUGCCCCCGUAGUGCCCUGGGGCCUCAGGAAGGCCCUCAACUGGGUGGAGGAGCGCUACGCUGGCGUGGCGGUCUAUGUGGUAGCCAAUGGGGUGCAGGAAGACCCGCCCGCUGACGACAGUCUGAGAGUCUACUACCUGUACAGCUACAUCAACGAUUGGUUCUUAAAGCAAUAUGGAGUUGAGACCCUUUUCUCCCCAGGCAUGAUAAGCCCUAGUUACGGCGCCUACAUCCUAGACGGAGUGAAUCUGAAGGGUUACUUCGCCUACUCCCUGAACGACCAGAGAGACCCAGGCUUCGGCUUGUACGGUCAUGUCCAAGAUGAGGAAAUCCUCAAAACAUCUCUGUCCCAGUAUCAGAACAUUAUCCGCACAACGGCUUCCCUCUCCAGGGGACCCUUACCUCGGCCCCGCAGUGCCCCAGUCAGCCUCUACCCUGCUCGGGGUGUCUGGUCCUGACCAAGAGACCUGUGGUGGGAUUCCUGUCUCUGGUGGGGUCCGCGGUCCUGGUCACCCUUGGGCUGAUUAUAUACUACGCUGCCAAGAGACACAGGGGCCGAGGUACAAAUGG